CAAACCGUAAUUAAAGCUUUGGUUGACUAAUCAUGCGGUUCACCAGCAACAAGAUGCAGCCAUGAUUAAAAAGACUUGUGCCGCUAAAGCUUGCUUCAUCAGCAACAGGACGCCGGAGUUGCCCGACAGCAAUGGAGGACUCCACCAGGUCGCCGCUGGUGCUCCUCUUGGCCCUCCUCUCACUUGUUGCCGCCAUCCUCUUGUUGCUUCACCAUCGCCAUGCCCGCAAGAUGAAGAUGCCUCCGGGGCCGCCGGCGCUGGUCUUCCUCGCCAAGUUCCUGGCCCUCCGGCGAUCCAUCUUUGACCUUGCCCCACUCCUCCGGGACCUGCACGCGCGCCACGGCCCCGUCAUCUCCGUCCGCCUCUUCCGCACGCUCGUCUUCGUCGCCGACCGCCGCCUAGCGCACCGCGCCCUGGUGCAGAGCGGGGCCACCUUCGCCGACCGCCCGUGGCUCGUCGAGCCCGGCCGCCUCUUCACCGCCGGGGCGCGCGACAUCAGCACCUCCCCGUAUGGGCCCUACUGGCGUCUCGUCCGCCGCAACCUCGCCGCCGAGGCGCUGCACCCCGCCCGCGUCGGCCUCUACGCGCCGGCGAGGCGGCGGGCAAGGGACGCGAUCGUGCGCGACCUCCUCGCCGCGCGCGGCGGCGACGGGUCGAGGGCCGUGGAGGCGAGGCCGGUGUUCCGGCGCGCGCUGUUCGAGCUGCUCGUGUACAUGAGCCUCGGCGCCAGGCUGGGCGCGGAGGUGCUGGACGAGGUCCAGAAGAUGCAGCUGCAGAUCCUGCGCUCCAUCACCAGCUUCCCCGUCUUCUCCUUCUUCCCGGCCGUCACCAAGAGGCUCUUCCCCGGCCGCUGGGAGGCCUACGCGGCCGUGCGCCGGAGGCAGGACCAGAUCUUCCUCCCGCUCAUCCGCGCCAGGCGCACCGCCGAGGCCGCCGGUCCGCCGUGCUACGCGGACUCCCUCCUCGCGCUGCGCGUCGCCGACGAGGGCGACCGCGCGCUCACGGACGCCGAGCUGGUCAGCCUCUGUUCCGAAUUCCUCAGCGGCGGAACGGACUCGACGGUGACCCUGCUGGAGUGGAUCAUGGCCGAGCUGGUCAACCACCCAGACGCGCAGGCCAAGGUGUACGAGGAGGUCAGGUCCAAGCCGGAGCUCAACGAAGGCGACCUCCAGGAGAUGCCGUACCUCAAGGCCGUCGUGCUGGAGGGCCUGCGGCUACACCCGCCGGGCCACUUCCUCCUCCCGCACGGCGUGCGGAGCGACGCCGACAUCGGCGGCUACCGGGUGCCCAGGGGCGCGGAGGUCAACUUCCUGGUCGCCGAGUUCGGCCGCGACGGGGCGGCGUGGACGGCACCGCUGGAGUUCCGGCCGGAGCGGUUCCUGGACGGCGGCGAGGGCUGCGACGUGGACAUCACCGGGAGCAGGGAGAUCAAGAUGAUGCCUUUCGGCGCCGGGCGGCGGAUGUGCCCCGGCCACACGCUGGGUCUGCUGCACCUCGAGUUCUUCGUGGGGAGCCUGGUGAGGGAGCUGGAGUGGCUGCCGCCGGCGGAGGGGGAGGCCCUCGACAUGACCGAGGUGCUGGAUUUCACCACGGUUAUGAAGCAUCCGCUCCGAGCUCGCAUCAGACCCAGGAUUUCAUGAUGGAUGCUUUUUUUUUUUGACGGUCAACGGGGGAGGAGAACUCCCCACCUGAAUUCUAUUAUAUUGAUAAAGGUGUUAGCCCUAGAA